AUACUUACUUAUUUAGAGUCUCAAAACUUAAGAACAAUAUUUUCUCAUUUUCCUGUUCUUGACUCGCUUUCUCUGUGUUUUUAUUUCUUUCUUAAGGAGACCACCCACCAUGUCCACCAUAUUCUGGAAGAAAAGCUUCCCAAUUUGCUUCUCCAUUUCAAAAUGUUUCCCAACAACUCAGUCCCCACUACCUCCCUUCACUGAAGACCAAGACCACACUCAUACCACAUCAUCAUCAUCUUCGUCUUCUAUGCCUAUCAAAGCCUUCAACUCAUCAGUUUAUGAUAUCUUCGCCUCCAGCUCCAACCCAGACCACUUCUUCUCCUCCCCAGACGAGUUCUGCGACUCAGAUAUCUUACCACCGCCGGAGUUUGAUAUCGCCACCGUCUUUGCUUCCCCGAGGUUCUUCUUCUCCUCUCCAGGCUACUCAAACACCAUAAUCGAGUCGACAACCCCACAUCAAGCCUCCAAACCACACCCACCCCCGGCCAUUGCAGAAAGAAAAACAUCGGCGACCCGAUUCGCCGGCGGCGUCGAGGUUCCAAAAUAUUCCGUUGACCCUUUGGUUGACUUCCGGCGUUCAAUGCAGGAAAUGAUGGAAGCUCGGGAUGUUUUGGUGGAUGGGAGAACCGACUUGGAGUACCUCCAUGAGCUUCUCUUGUGUUUUCUCGCUUUGAAUCCAAAAGAAACUCACAAGUUUAUCAUUAGUGCUUUCACUGACAUAGUCGUUAGUCUCUUAUCGGCGCCGGACCAAGGCCGCCGUCACCGCGAAGUUAAGAUCCGACGGCGGCGUAGUGGUGGUGGAAGGCGACUCAGCAUGUAA